AUUUUGAACUCUCUCCUCCCUCUUCUUCCGCAACCCUCUCCGGUUCGAAUUCGCACUAACGAUGGGAAGAAGGAUUUCUCUUCUUCUGCUUUUCUUCACGGCGUGUUCACUUUCUCUCUCCUCCUCCUCCGCCCUCUCUUCCGACGAGCUAUCUCUAGUUGUUGCUCCGUUUACCACAUUGCAACUGUCUCCAAGCUUGAGAGUCGAAAAGUCUCCUGGUGUCAAGCCUGGGACUUCUGUUCGAUGCACACGAGUUCAUAUCCAUGGUUUGUCAAGACUCAGAAAUCUGACAAAAUUUGCGCAUUCAGUAAAAGUGAAUGUUUCCAUUAUAGAGUCAAGUGCCCGUCUACCAAAUGUUGAAGUCUGUUUCCACAGGAAUCUCUCUAUUGGGAUAGGGAUGUGCCCUCAAGGCCAGUGGGAAAAACUUGUCAAGGUUUCAUGGGUUCGGUCCAUGUCUCCUUUCGACCACAAGCUCUUAGAUGUACGGAUGGCUGGUUCUUCCUCAGGAAUUAUUCAGGUAUCCAUUGAAGAAGAGUUUUUCCUGUAUCGCAUUGUAUUUUUGGUCUCGGGAAUUAUUAUCAUGACAAUGGCCUCUUCUCUGAGCAAGUCUUUAGUUUUCUACUACAGCAGUGCAAUGGCAGUUGGGAUCAUCCUUGUGAUAUUGAUGGUCCUUUUUCAGGGGAUGAAGCUUCUCCCAACUGGUCGGAAGAAUUCAGUUGCAAUUUUUGUGUACUCAUCUAUUGUUGGCUUGGGGUCCUUUUUCCUCGGCUAUUUGCCAGGAUUAUUGCGCUCAGUUCUUGUGGAUUUGGGAAUUAGCGAUGACAUGUAUUAUCCUCUGGCAAUAUUUCUGCUUCUUUUCCUUGUUCUAGCUGGAGCUUGGUUGGGCUUCUGGGUUGUUCGCAAACUUGUCUUGACAGAAGAGGGAUUGAUUGAUGUAGGAGUUUCUCAUUUUGUUGCAUGGUCCAUCCGGAUAAUUGCUGCUGUUAUGAUUCUUCAGAGUUCAGUGGACCCUUUACUAGCAGCAGAGGCAUUGCUAUGUGGAGUAUUGGGUUCAUCAUUACUCAGGAGAGUUACCAGAUCAAGAUUCAUACGUCACUUGUACAAGAAAUUACGCAGAACAGACAAGACCAACCGCAGAUAUCAGAUUCCUGAUUCACCACCAUUCGAAGAUUACUACGACGAAAGUGUACACGAUAUUCAGAAGCCUGAUCACUUUGAAUUCCUGAAGCCUCAAUCCAGACCCUUUAGAAUGGCUGGUUGCAAAACUCCUGUCCAAGGCUUAACCAAGACACCACCACCGAGUCAGCUCUCCAAUUCUGGGGCUUAUUAUUCUAGCUUUCAUUCAACUCCUGAACGACGGGAAUUCUCAAAGGAUGAAUGGAAUAAGUUCACGAAGGAGUCCACCAAGAAAGCACUGGAGGAACUUGUUUCCUCUCCUGAUUUUAGCAAAUGGGCUGUUGCUAAUGCAGAAAGAAUAACUCUCUCGCCCAAUGAAGACACUGCCGUUCGAUCUCGUAGGUGGCUGCCUUGGUUUUAGCAUUUUACGGGUUUCUAACCAAUUUGCAGUGUGAAGAUGAACUGUGCAAACAAAUGAUGUGAUUGGGUUUGAAAUAUUGCUCAACCCACUUGGACACGAGAUGCUUUGUUGUAAAAUGGUUUGCUAACAGCAAGAGAGUCCUGAGACAAUCAUUUUUUACCUAGGUUUUGUAGGGAAAGGCUAAUUGCAGAAUGUAAUGUAAAACUAGAUUUGAUAGGCCACUGACAGAGAGUCGUUAGGAUUGUUUUCUUUCCACUCGUGGCAUGUCUGCUCGGAGAGUACUUGCUUUGGAGAGUUCUAGCUUUCCACUCAUAGCAGCCAAAUCUUGGAUGAAUCGUACUCGUACCCUUUUGGUUUCCAAGAGUUUAUUGUAAUUUGUAAGUCAUUUUUU